UUACACAAGAAAGACAUGGAGAACUCAACUGAGGUUUUGACUUUAGUUUUGGCAGCCUAUGGUAAUAUUGGUGAAUUAAAAUACCUGUAUUUCUGCAUAAUGCUGUUAUGGUACCUCUCCAUAUGUGUCAAUAACACAGCUGUAAUGAUGGUUAUAUGUUCAGACAAAAGGUUACAUGAGCCGAUGUAUAUAUUACUAUGUAAUUUGCUUGCAAAUGAAAUUUUUGCCUCCACAAUAGUGUAUCCUCUUGUGAUUUCACAGAUGUUAUCAGAUACCCAUGAAGUGACCCUGCCAUGGUGUUUUCUGCAGAUGUGUUGUCUCUCCACAUCUGCUUCUAUUGAGUUUUGUAGUUUAGCAGCCAUGGCCUAUGACAGAUAUGUCGCUAUCUGUUGUCCUUUACAUUACACUGUCAUAAUGAACACAAGACGAGUAUGUAUAAUCAGUGUUCUUGUAUGGAUGUAUCCAUUUAUUAACACUAUGUCUGCAUUUUCUCUCAUCCUUCAUUUGAAAUUUUGUGGAAAUGUCAUUGACAAGUUGUUUUGUGACCACCACUUAAUAAUAAUGAUUAAACUUGCAUGUUCAGUUUCAGUAGUCAACAAAGUAGCUGACCUGCUUUAUGCCUUUGUGACUAUUGUUAUCCCAUUUAGUCUCAUUUUAGUCUCUUACAUGAAGAUUUUGGUCGUUUGUCUGAACACCUCUGAAGAGAGCAGGCAAAAAGCUGUCACCACCUGCACACCUCAGAUUGUCUCAGUUUUAGGCUUGUUCAUCUGCCUCAUUUUUUACUCUGCUAAUUUCACUUUGGAUGUGGCUCUUAUAUCAGAUAGAGAACGAAGCGUCUUUACACUGUGUCUCCUCAUUUACCAACCCAUGCUCACCCCCAUUAUGUAUGGAUUUAACCUACAAAAGAUAAAAGAAGCAUUGAAAAGAUUUCUGUUUGAUAGAAAAUAAAUAUUCUUCUUCAUGUUGCAAGAGUCUGUUUAGAUUGUUAUCUCAGCUCUGUGGGAAAAACCCAACAUCAUAUGUGUGGACAAAGUGAGAGCUGACAGUCAUUACAGUUUAUACUAGUGAUGGGAUACUCAAUUUCUUUUACUGACUUGAGUUUGUAUGAGUCACUCACUAAAGUGAAUCAGGUUUUCAAGUCACUUGAGUCACUUGGGUCAGUCACCCAGAG